UGUUAUGGUAAUGGCAGCUCAAGAAUCUAGCUGCAGAAAUGAAGAACCCGCCACCGAGCAUGUCGUGAUCAUAUUUGGGGUGACAGGGCUGGUCGGUCAGGAGCUGGCCAGGAAGCUCAUAUCAAAAUCCGUGUGGAAGGUUUACGGUAUAGCUCGAAAUCCCGAGACCAGACCCAUCCAUGAUCCUAACUUCCAUUUCAUCUCCUGUGACCUCCUUGACCCAUCAGAGACCCAACAGAAGCUCUCUGUUUUACAAGAUGUUACCCACAUGUUCUGGGUCACUUGGGCAAGUCAAUUCCCCUUAGAUAGCCAAGAAUGCUGUGAGCAGAAUAAGGUCAUGAUGGCUAAUGCCCUGAACGCCAUUCUCCCCACAGCUUUCGCGUUGAAGCAUGUUUCGCUGCAGACUGGGACUAAGCAUUAUGUUUCGCUACGAGGGCAAUCCAAAGAGAACAACAAAAAUAACGAAAAAGAAGUUUGUUACUACGAUGAGGAGUGGCCUAGGGUGAGCACAGGAUAUAAUUUUUACUAUACAUUAGAAGAUUUGCUCAGGGAGAGACUAGGAGGAAAGGUGGCGUGGUCAGUACACAGGCCCGGUUUGCUUAUGGGAUGUUCCCAGAGGACUUCGUUCAACUUCAUGGGCAGUUUGUGUGUUUACGGAACCAUUUGUAGAAGGCUAAAUCUCCCUUUUGUGUUUGGAGGGACAAGGGAGUGCUGGGAAAAGAUCUGCAUUGACGGAUCUGAUGCUAGGCUGGUGGCUGAACAACACAUCUGGGCUGCCACCACUGAUGAAACGUAUUCUAGCAAUGGCCAAGCAUUCAAUGCGAUCAACGGUUCGAGUUUCACAUGGAAGGAGAUCUGGCCAGCCAUCAGAAUGAAAUUUGAAGCUGACGUGAGCAGCAAUGAGGAAACGUUCUCAGAAGAUUUCUUCUUUACAGAAGCAAUGGGGGAUAAGGGAGGGCUCUGGGAAGAGAUCGUGGAGGAGGAGGGGCUGCUCCAGACAAAGAUGGAGGAUUUAGCAAACUGGGCAUUCCUGGAUGCUUUGUUUCGGUGCCCGGUGAAAAUGCUGGGAACACGAGACAAAGCCGAUCGGCUCGGUUUCAACGCCAGGUACGGGAUGCGGGAUUCAGUGCUGUAUUGGAUUGAUUUCAUGAGGGAUGAGAAGCUAAUUCCAUAGUGGCUGGCUUUGAACUGAACUUUGACUUCAUCAGGGCUGAUAAGAAAAGGAGAAUCCCAGAAUGUGCUGCACCACACACUGAAAGUAAUGGUGGGAAGGUUUUUCUUCAAAUGAGCUGUUUGACUGCUCCCGAGUCCUGAGUGGUUCCCUGUAACUUUUUUCUUUUCUUUUUAAAUGACUAUUAUACAGAUAUGAUUAGCAAAUUAAAUAAUGAGGAUGCCUUGUUAUGUACAAAA